AUGGCUCAGAAUACUCGUGUCCGCCAAGCUGCCACCUCUCUCGUCACGCAGUUCCCAGCAAACGGGCGCAUUCCUUUCAAGCAGAUCCUGCAGGCGACCUGGGUGGCCACGGUCGCUCUCAUUCUCGGCAUAGGCUUUGUUUUGGGCGUCGUCUUCUCCUCCGACGGAAAGCCCACCAGUGGCAGCACAUGGUAUCAGCACACGCCCACAUUCGUCUCCUUGGGCGCCGUCGUGCUUCGAGGCUCGGUCGCCGCUCUGCUCGGUAUCGCGCUGUACCAGAACCUCUGGCAGAAUGUGGCCACGCAGGCCCCGACCAAGAAGGACGGGCUGGUCGAGACAGGCGCAGAGGGCAUUCCGGUCAAGACAGUCGAGUCUCUGCACUUGGCUUCGCGGCUGGCCGUCGGCAUGCUGGCACAUCCAUCGCUGAAAGCAGGCUGGGUGAUUGGGGUCCUGGGGCUCGGCGUAGCCUCUGCUGUCCAGCCCGUUCUGCAGUCCGCCAUUGCCGUCCGACAGCAGAAACAGACUGUUCCCACAAGCUUGUCAUUAUACCACCCCCAGUUUAAUGGAUCGCUCGCCCAGAGCGAUUCUGCCGCGAUAUCGUCCAUCGCAGCUCUGAUGGGAGAGAACAGCGGACUUCGGUACACGGACGCCAAUGUUACAGGAGUGGCACAUUUCGGGCCCGUCAACUACCUUGAUGUUACUUGCAACAUUUCAGCUACGCCGGGAACCGAAUCUAACCUGGCAGGCUGGGAUGUGUACAACUUUACCUACCGAUAUCCAGACUCAGCCUACAUGAAUCAGUUUCAAAACAUAUCCGACAGCUUGUACAACGGAGUCGUAAUUUACACGGCCGGGCUAUCGAGGGUAGAGGUGCAAGCCGUCCUGUUCAACAACACGCACUACCUGGCGCACCAAUGUAUGGUCCAACCUGCCAUUGGGAGCUGCACGACUCAUCUUGCGGCUGGCAUUGGCAUUAUGGGAAACCUGAGCUGCUCGAGGGACCGGUUUAUCAACCUCGACAGCGAUCUCAACAAGACCUUGUCAUACUACGGACCGGCUGGCGCGGUGGUCGCUCUCACCGGCGCGUUUUUAAACGCCUUUGUCGGGAAAGCAUUGCCCGACAUACACAACAGACUGAAUCCUGGAAAAUCCUUGUUUGUGGCCGCAGCGUUGGUUUCGGAUACGAAUUCAAAGUUUGUUAUGCCGUCCAACCUCGUGUCGCAUAUGCAGCGCGUGCUCUGGGUCACGCCUUUGCUCGCGAGAACCGGCACCAUACAGCAAGCAGCACCAAAUGUGACAAUGUCUGUCUCCGAUGAGCGAAACAUCAUCAUCUACGAAAUCGACAAGCUGCGAGUUCUCGUGACGGUCGCUGUCCUCAUCAUCAUCAGCCUCGGAUGUUUGGUCUACGUAUCUCUCCCCUGUAGUGCGGCUUGCGGGCGUCUCGCAAGAGACAGCUUGGUCCAUUCGCUCACAGUCGCGGGCCCAUACGGCCCCGCCAUAAAAAAUGCGUGCUUGGCUUCUCUGGACAAUGUACUGCACGCGGCGGGCGACGAGAAGCUCAAAUUUGGUGUGCUUAUAGAGGCGACGGACCUGGCGAGCGGACAUGUUGGCUUCGCAGAGCAGCCUCCUCUACCAGGGUCCCACGAUAGUAGACCGCUGACCAAUGUGGGAAGGCCAGUGCCAGGAAAGUGGUAUGGGGGUCAGGGUAGCUUGUGA